UGGCUGCCCCACUGUAACUCGCCCCGCUGUGGAGUCUCCAUGCUUUUAUCGCUGGAGCUAUCGUUAUCGCUCCUUAUCGGGCCAAAAAUUAUUGGCAGUUUCGUCAGACAAGACGGAUUUCCGUCAAGUUCAACAACAAUUGAUCAUUACAAUAUUUAGCGGCAGAAGUGACAAGGCCGAAAAGCAGUAUUCUGCUGACACUGCAAUCGUGCCAUGUCGGAAACAGUGCUAAGCACGCUGUGCUGCAUAUGCCAUUCCGAGCCGCCAAAAUACAAAUGCCCCGGAUGCGAAGCACGCACCUGUUCCCUGGCGUGCUCCCAGAAGCACAAGACGCGCGCCGAGUGCGACGGCCAGCGAAAUCCUCGGGCCUACGUGCCCAUCUCUAAGCUGCGCACCGCCGCCGGGGUUGACCACGACUUCAACUUCAUCCACUCAAUAGAGACCGCCCGAGAACGCGCCGCCAAGGAACUGGUCGAGGUCCGCCAGCUGCUGAGCGACAAGGAGUUGCGACCCCCCAAUGACGAAAAGCAAUUCAGCAAGGUUUGGUACGGCGACGAGCUGCACCAUGUGCCCAAUGCACCUGAUCCCCACGCGAAGCAGCUUCCCCAGGACGGCCGCGCUGGCCCUGAAGUGUUCGACAAGAACGUGCGCCGGCAGCUGAGAAACUUGGACGCCGAGGUCGUGGCGAUGCCGAAGGGUAUGGUGAGGCAGAAGGAGAAUACGACGUCAUGGAAUCGCAGAACAAUGAGCAUCAACUGGCAAGUCGAGUGGCUAGUUUCGGGGAUACCGGGAUUGGCCAAACCAAGUCAAGGCCUGCAACAGCAACAACAACCACAGACUGUACGGAUCUUGCGCAAAUCACUCGAGAAGAUACCGCUAAACGCAGCGUUGGCCACGACAGUUGAGUGGCAACGAGGCCAGCUAGACCGACUAAGCCGAGAACAAGAGCAGGGUGCGGGACAUGGCUCAGACAACGGCGAGGAGGACGAUGACGAAGGUGAGGACGGAUCCAGACCGAAGAAGAAAAAGCCGAGGUCGUCCAAGAAAAACAGGAAGGGCGUCUCGAAUUCCCUAAACCAAGACCCAGAUUCGAGCGCCUGGCCCGCUAGCGACUACACACUACAGUACUCUCUCACAGGAGAGUGGAACCGAACAACCACAGCCUCCUCGGUCCCUAUGACCGACGACGAGAGGGCAGCUGGAUUCGACAGGUGGCGGUUCUUUCUACAAAAGGCGGACAGGUCGGCUUCCUCUUCCCGGACCCUGAUCCCCGUCUUGGCCACGGAUACGCUGGCCAGCGCGCUGGCGGGCCGGACCAUUGUGGAGUUUCCUACUAUAUUCGUUCUCCCCCCGGGUGAGGCCCUGCCGCAAAAGUUCGUCCUCGGCUCCCCGGAGCGGAAGAGGAAGCCCGACGACGACAAAGACGAGGAGGAGCAAAAUCCUCAACGCCGCCCAUAUAAAAUACAGACAUUUGACCGGCGUGGCGACGGAAGGCCGUCUCGGGGAGCUCGUGUCCAAGGCCGUGGCCAAAGCCGUGGCCAAAGCCGCGGACGCGGACGUGGACGAGGUCGUGGGCACGGCCGGGGAAGAGGUGGUAGGGUCGAAUUCAAGCGAUCCUCUGCCAACACGGUAGAGAUCGACGACGGCGAGAUCAACAGCGACGGCGACGACGUCAUGGACGGCAUGCAGGCCAAGCCUGAGCCGUUCGGCGGCGGACGCGGCGAGGACUUGGCCGAGGUGCUUCCGCGAGCAAGAGGCCUUGUUGACUACGACUCGGCAGGUUCGGACUGAAGCUGAGUGGUUGCUGACCACAGUCGCGCUUGUGUUAUUCUACAAAGAGCAAGUUAUGUCUGUGGUUGUGUCUCUGUGGUGAAGCAAUGCCUUGUAUGUAUGUAUGUAUGUAUGUAUAUUGUUGAUGUGCUGUAUAGCGCUG